AUGUCUACUCACGCCACGCUCAUCAAACCUCCCAAGUCCCUCCCACACCACUCGCCGAUCGAAAACGUCCUCCAACUACUCCCACUCGAGGACAUCGGGCCCGACAUCUUCACCAACGCGCGACCGUUAUGGCAUCCGCCCGGUGCACGAGGAAUCUUUGGCGGAGCGGCCAUUGCCCAGUGCCUCUCGGCGGCGCAGGCCACGAUCCCCUCGGACUUCACGGUUCACAGCAUGCACUGCUACUUCGUUCUGGCGGGCAAUUCGGAGAUCCCGAUCCUGUACCACGUCGAGCGGGUCCGCGACGGCAAGUCGUUCAUCACGCGGACGGUGCAGGCGCGGCAGCGGGGCAAGUGCAUCUUCACGACGACCAUCUCGUUCAUGAAAGAGAACAGCGGCGGCAAGGAGAAAGUCGAGCACGCCGUGCCGAUGCCGACGGGCGUCAAGGUGCCGCCGACGUCCAAGAUCAGCGUGUCGGCCGACGACGACGACAGGCCUUUUGAGAGCGUGCGGUGCAAAGACAUCACGACGGCGCAGGGUGGUGGUGGUGGUGGUGGUCGUGUUCCCCCGAGCGCCCGUAAGCUGCGGCAGUGGAUCCGCGCCGUCGGCAGGAUCAGCGACUGCCCGCCGAACGUGCGCGAGGAGGAGACGACGACGGGCCGCCGCGCCCACGAGCCCGGGGACAACCACCAGGCGCACCUGUCGGCGCUGGCGUACAUGACCGACUCGUACUUCAUCGGCACGGUGGCGCGCGUGCACAACCUCAUGCGCUUCGCCAACCGGCGCAACAUCGAGAAGACCCUCCAGACCUUCAAGGGCAGCGACGCCGAGCGCGCCCAGAUGAAGAAGUACCUAGAGGAGAUCGCCAAGGAGGAACAGGAGGAGAACGACGCGUUUGGUGGCUCGCCGACGGCGGCCACCGACAGCCGCCGCAUCGGCAUGAUGGUCAGUCUCGACCACGCCAUCUACUUCCACAACCCGCGCGCCUUCAGGGCCGACGAGUGGAUGUUGACUGAGAUGGAGAGCCCGUGGGCCGGCGAGGGCAGGGGAGUGGUGUUGCAGCGUAUCUGGAGCAAGGACGGAACUUUGAUAGCCACGUGCACCCAGGAAGGUGUGGUGCGACUACAGCAGGAAAAGACGAGCAAGUUAUGA